GUUUGGCGGGGGCAGGCGGCGGGGCGGGGAGCCGAGGGGGCGGGCGGGAGAGGGUCCUGCGGUGCACGCCGGGGUGCCGGGCACGGUGACGGCGGCAAGUGCUCCUUGCCGACCGCCACAGCGCGCCUGCGAGCUCCUUCCGCAAAGUUUGCGGACGGGAGGAGGAGGGGAGCCGCGACCAGACUGCCGCAGCCGGACUGGAGAUGCCCCUGCGGAACCUCCUGCCAGCGGCGGGGCUGCGGCAGAGCCGCUGAAGCCCUUGCCGGGCGCCUCCUCCUGCGGGGAAGGAAGGGACCGACCCGGCCGCUCUGCGGAGGUGCUGCCCCCGCGCCUCUGCGGGGCUCGCCUCUUCCCAGGGUCGGGAUCUGGCUCUCGGGCUUUGCCCUGUCCUGCCAGCGGGGCUGCAGAGUGCCGUCCUGCACGUCCCGCUCCCGGCAUCGCGUCGGCGUCCGCCGCUGCUGUCCGCCCCUCUUGCACCGGCCGGUCAGGUCAGUGCCCGCUGCCCCCACCGCGGCCCCACACGGCUGCAUGCCCGCCGCGGUCUCGGCACGUCUGGAUUCCCUGGAGUCCUGGGCCUUCCAUGCGCUGCUGGUGCUGCCCUAUAUGUUUUACGUGGGCUUGUUCUUUGUCAACGUGCUGAUCCUGUACUAUGCCUUCCUGAUGGAGUACAUCGUUCUCAAUGUAGGCAUCGUUUUCCUGCCCGAGGACAUGGACCAGGCUCUGGUGGAUCUGGGAGUGCUUUCCGAUCCUGGCUCUGUGCUCUACGAGACGGACAGCGAAGUGGAUGUCUUUGAUGGAUACUUGGAGUGACGCCCCUGGGCGCUCCGAAGCGACCGUGGGGUGACACUGGGGACGGGUGUCCCGGCAUGGCCGUAGCUCAGGGAACGCCGCGGCCUCGGGAUGCCCUCGCUGCAUCUCGGCCACUUUGCGCAGCAUCUUCCUUUCCAAAUGCGCCCCCUUCCUCCGGCGCAGGGGCGAGCUGGGGGCCCCGGGACCCGCUGCCGCCCGCGGACACGCAGAGGGCUCGCCAGGGAAUGAAACCCCUACUUGAAAAAAAUCAACAGGAGCAAAAUUAUGUCCAGGUUUCUGAGCAUAACUGGUGGCAGAGACUGAACGUGGACAACUGAGCAGCUGAAAUAAGCUUCUUAACCCUAUUCAAAUGAAGAAAACCAUCUGUGUAAACAGAGCAGAAUUGUGCUUGCUUGUGUCAUCAGCUGAUUUAGUAUUCCUUAAACACGUGAAAUGGAUUAUGACCAGGGUAAUGGAUCAAGUCAUGGAAAGAAACUAUUCUCUGAGAUGUAGAGAUGAAAAGAAGGACAAGAGGACAAGAACAGUUGUCAUCAGACCUUGUCAGUUGUGAUUUCUCCACGGCCAUUGCCUCUUGAGUGUGCACUAACUGCAGUGAUUCACGCACUGGGCUUCCAUAGGUAAUUAAUUCUGGGAUGAACUGUAUGAACAAGUAAUAUAAGCUAUGUUCUAUUAUAACAUAAAAUCAAGAUGUUACUCAGAUUUGAUAAAUUUUUGAAUAAAUACCACGUCACCCAAAUGGACAUGCACUACAUACUGCUUAAGCAAGUUUUACAAUCACAUAUUGAAAACUCUACCAGCCAGUAGUUCAAAGAUGGUGUUCUCUCAGGGGAAAAUAUGCAUGAGUGAUUGCAAAGAGGUUCUGUUCAGGGCAGCAUUACAGCAAGAGCUGUGCUAGUAAGAUAUUUUAUUUAAAUUGUGAAUUUUGAAAUAGAUCAGAGAGUUAAUUUUAUAUGUCAGGUGGAUUCAUUACUUAACACAAAGUACUUGGCAGAUUGUUUAAGCUCAUGUUCCUAUGUACAGAUAUGAAAGCAAUAUAAUAAAGACUGACCUUUUCCAUGAAAAAGUUAA